AUAAAAUUACAUGAGGAUAACAAAUCUGAAUCCCUCCACGCAUUGAUUUUGGGGGGUUGAAACCAAUAAGAUCAUAAUCCAGAAAUCUAAUAGCGAGAGAAAGUGAGGAUCUAAUUUGGCCAUCGUUCAAUCUUAUAUAUAAAUCAAUUAUUAAUAAAUCAGAAAAUCUAAAAGUGUCAUAAAGCUUGGUAAAUUAACCAAUGGAAGUAAAUGUGGGAGAAACAGCUACGGAGGAUUUACAGGGAAGAAGUUGAGAAGAUGAAUAUUAAUGAGAAAAAUUGAUUUGAGAAAGAAAACGAAAAGAGAGAUAGCAAAAUAAAAAUUUUUUUUUUUUUGUUAUUUGUGAUGACAUGUCAAUUUGAUAAGUUGUGAAUUUUUUGCUGAGGUGGAUAGGCUGAGAGCUCUAGUUAAAGAACUUUUAGUAUAGUAUAGAUAUAUACAUUACAUAUUAGAAUACACACAACUAUUCUUCUACAUCCAAUAAUGUUUUUCCUUGUAUCACAAGAAACAUGUUUUCCAUACAGUUUUUUUUGUUAAUUAGGAAGAGUUUAGACCUGGCUUAGGAGCAAGCUUUGUUGACACCAAUGAUACGGCGUAAAGCACUGCUUCCACCAUAUUUCGAACUAAGAGCACAACAUCAAGCAAUGCAUGUACUUAACCAUUAACCUACCAUGUCACUUGGAUAUUUCCUCAAUAUUUCUCGUUCGUUAUUGGUCACUCCUUUGUCUUAAUAUCUUUUCUCCGACUGACAAAGUCAACAAAGGCACUAGUGUACCAACUCUGCUCAACACCGUCAAAACUUUACAAACACGUCUAUAUCGCUUCGCUGAACUCUGACCUGAAAACGUUCACCCUCGACUUACACGGUCUAGUCGGUAUGGUCAUCCAAAAGACUUCGUUGGGGUACAAGAACCUAAAGAUGACAAAAAGGCUUAGCGAGAAACACCACUGAUCCAAACCUCCAGAUUCCAUAUAGGUUAUGAGUUAUCGAUGUUGGAACUAUUUUUUGAACAUUAUGAAUAAUGUAUUCAUAUGUCAAAAAAAGAAGUUUUAUUUGAAUGAGAAAUGGAGGUCUAAUGUGUGUGAUUUGAAAAACUUGUAUAAAGAAGCAAAUACACACAUUGGAUAUUUGAACUUGGAUUUGGGUUUUUUGAUUUGUUAGUUGGACUUCAUGUUCAUUGACUUAUUCUUAUAAACUAAAUAUAUGUUGAUCUUUUAUAUUGAUAAAAUAUAAAAAAGAAAUCCAUUUUAAAGUAUAUUAUUUUGUUUGAAUUGGUCAAAACAAUAAUAAUUUUAUUCUUUAAUUUCUUGGUCAAAAUGUGGAAUAAAUUCACAUAAUAAUGACAAGAAUUAAAAACUCCAUUAGUGCACUAUGGAGGUUUCAUUUUUGUGUUGAAAAAUGAAACUUGUGCUUCUCAUUAUAUUUCUAUAUAAAGGCUUGUGAGCCAUUUAGAAAACACACACAUUCAUACAAUCAAGAAACAUUUCUCCCACUCAGAAUAGUUAUGCUAGUAUUUUUUUUUAUUUUGAGUCUGAGAGUACAUCACAGAAAUAGGUUCGAUAGAUUCUGUUUUUCGGUGAUGGUAAACAGAAACAAUGCUGCAGUUGUAUCUUGGGAAUCUGAGCGCCAUAAAACCGUCACACUACGGGGCGUUUAAAGAUUUAAGGAAAGAGAUUAACUAUCUCGACUCUGCAAUUCUUCUUUAUUUUUAUAUUUUGGUAUAGAAAUUUUAGUUUAUGUUCUUAUUAUUCUUUACAAAUAUCAGUUGUCCUAUGGUAGUAAAAUAAGGUUCCUACAUUCUUAAAUCUUUAAAUAUUGUUUAUGCUUUUGCACUAACAAUACUGAUAUUUGUUAAAAAGUUUUUAUUUUUAAGAACAGGUUAAAGAUGCCGGAAUCGGAUCUGAAAUGGAGAAAUAUUAUGAUGGAGAUCAAUUUUCUUUUUCCCAUCAGAUUAUCAUCGUCCAUGGUUUAAUAUUUUUUAAGUGUUGCGUGAAGUAUCUCGUUCUUCUCGCUUACGUCGUUUGUUUUGCAGGGUUCAAUGUUAUUAAUUGAUUCUGUUGGCUCGUCUUUGAUAGCAUAAUUUUCGUAUUGAUAUCUGAUUAGCUAUGUUUCAAUAGAUUGCUGCAUCUUCUGUCUCGUAAAAAGAAGCGAUAGUUCUUUUGUGACUUUGGUUAAUUGCUUGACUGCUUAAUUUUUUUAUUGGCUAAAUAUGGUUUAACUCAAUUUAAUUAUUUUGGUUUGAGUAAUCGUUUGGACUCAUCAGAAUUUGUUCAUGGCAUUAUUUUAAGCGAAAAUUGUUUUUGCUUUGUCUCGUUUUGAGAAGUCAAUGAUUUGCUUCUCAACACAUAUAAUAAUUGUCAAAUGCACGUGCUUUGUAAAAGCAUUUUUACCAACUCAUAAAAGUUGUUGAAAGUGAACUUUAUUUGUUCAAAAUGUGUUAAUGCCUUGACUUGGUUAAAGAUGAUGGUUUGCUUUAAAUGCAUAACGUCUUUGAUUUAUUGUUUCAGGUUUUUUCCUUCUGGAAUAACUUAAUUUCAUUAUUAAGUUUAUGUUUGACCAUGAAGGAGGAAAAAUAUUGAUGUUUUAAGUAUGGUGAAAUAAAUUAAUGUUGUAAACAACAUUUGGAUCUUAAAGAGAUCAAAUAGUAUGGAUGGAAAUGGAUUUAGUGAGUCAACGCCCCAAAAUAAAUUUGGGAGAGGUCUACCACAUAUAAAUCAUUUGCCAUAGAAAAUAAAAUGUUUGUUGAUAUUGAUCAAAAACAUUUAUAUUUCAUCAAUGCUUAAAUGCAAGUUACAAGAAGAUUGACCAUGCAAAAACAAUGAGAAUUUUUAGACCAAUGUGACUUAAACUGACAUGUGUAUUGUAGUUUAUAAAGUCAAUAUGGUUGAAAAUAAUCAUAUAAUGGUUUUGAUGGCACAAAUAAUAUCUUGUGUAUAUUUGUUAAAAAAAAGCAAAAUAUGUGUUUGGAAAAGAUCCAAAACAUACAAGUUAGAUUUAUAAAUCAACUUGAGAGAACUAUGAAAAUAGUUGUAUGAAAAUGUGAAUUUCUAAAAAUGAAAUAUAUUUUUAGAGAAAAUUGUGAUAAUUUUCAAAAAUGCUUUUUAUUUAUUUAAAUCUAAAAGAGUUGUAGAUCAAUCCUUCUAAACUCUUAAGAGAUGUUAAAUGUAAAUGUACAUGUUUUUGAGUUAUCUCAAGAAAUGUGGGGGAAGCUUUGCUUACCAUAUAAAGUUGUUGGCAAAAGGCCAAAUGAACUUAGUGAUAGUUAUCACAAUAUAUAUUUUUUUUAUUAAAAAAAAAACAAACUAGUGUCAUACACUGAGUUUUGUGUAUAAUGGUUAAUUGUAUCUUGAAUAAAAGAUGACAAAAAUCAUUAGACAAUUGAUCUCGACUAAUCUCAAGAGAUUAUGUUCACUAUGGUGACAACCUAGGAUCCUUUAAUUAAAGGUGUGUCAUGAGAUCAAAUUGUUAUAUCAUCAAAAGGAAUGGGUCGCCUGUGAAUUAAGAUGAGGUUUCGCGGUAACUCUACCUAACUGACUGGAGAUCCCAAGAAAUAGGUUCAAGGAGACAACUAAGUGAAACUAAGUCUGCCCAAAGCACUGUAAGACUUCGUUCUAUACCCAGUUCCUAUGAUGAUUAAACAGUGCUACAUGUAAAGAAUACAGGAUAAGCAUUAGCUUUUAAUGAUUUGUGUCCAUAGCUUUGAGAUAUGAAUGGAGUAGUACAUGAUACUCCUCUAAACAAAGUUAAUGGCAAAUCACCUUGUGAGUGUGAAAUGGGGCCGUUUCUAGGAGAAUGAAGGAAAGGCUAUAUUCUCCAAGUUCACUCAUGAUUAACCAAGACUGUUCACGGCCAAAAUGAACACAAUAGAGAACCUAGUUCUGUGAGAGAAUGAAGCUGUGUUAUGGCUAUUGUCUAGGUUUACACCAAAGCCCGGGAGGUUCAAGACAUCAUGGCCACCUCCUGGCCGAGUAAAUCCGAUAGCUAUUAACAAUGACUGGUUCAAGGCUGAAAAAUUGCUACCAACUCAUCAUGCAGUGGAUUUUUCGUUUGUACUCUCAAAAGUCCUUAGUUAGGUCUUGUCGAGUCUUUUCUAGGAAGUUGAGUCUUGUCUAGAAAGUCUGUCGAGUCGUCUAGUGUCUAGAGUCAUUUCUAUUCAUGUGGGGGAUUGUUGGAACUAUUUUUUGAACAUUAUGAAUAAUGUAUUCAUAUGUCAAAAAAAGAAGUUUUAUUUGAAUGAGAAAUGGAGGUCUAAUGUGUGUGAUUUGAAAAACUUGUAUAAAGAAGCAAAUACACACAUUGGAUAUUUGAACUUGGAUUUGGGUUUUUUGAUUUGUUAGUUGGACUUCAUGUUCAUUGACUUAUUCUUAUAAACUAAAUAUAUGUUGAUCUUUUAUAUUGAUAAAAUAUAAAAAAGAAAUCCAUUUUAAAGUAUAUUAUUUUGUUUGAAUUGGUCAAAACAAUAAUAAUUUUAUUCUUUAAUUUCUUGGUCAAAAUGUGGAAUAAAUUCACAUAAUAAUGACAAGAAUUAAAAACUCCAUUAGUGCACUAUGGAGGUUUCAUUUUUGUGUUGAAAAAUGAAACUUGUGCUUCUCAUUAUAUUUCUAUAUAAAGGCUUGUGAGCCAUUUAGAAAACACACACAUUCAUACAAUCAAGAAACAUUUCUCCCACUCAGAAUAGUUAUGCUAGUAUUUUUUUUUAUUUUGAGUCUGAGAGUACAUCACAGAAAUAGGUUCGAUAGAUUCUGUUUUUCGGUGAUGGUAAACAGAAACAAUGCUGCAGUUGUAUCUUGGGAAUCUGAGCGCCAUAAAACCGUCACACUACGGGGCGUUUAAAGAUUUAAGGAAAGAGAUUAACUAUCUCGACUCUGCAAUUCUUCUUUAUUUUUAUAUUUUGGUAUUGAAAUUUUAGUUUAUGUUCUUAUUAUUCUUUACAAAUAUCAGUUGUCCUAUGGUAGUAAAAUAAGGUUCCUACACUCGAUCCAUCAAAGCCCUCGAGGGAGCUAAAGACUUUUGUGAGCUCUGAGGAGAAUACCUGUUAGCAAGUAAGAUAGCUUUUAACGCAUUUGAUAGUAUAACUAUAUAGCGAAGCUAUGCAUGAAGGCCAGACAAUGCCAGUUUACGUGUAUCCACGCAAUUUGAUGUUUGAAAAAAUGUGUAACAUUGAAUAAGGUUUUCUCCAGACCUUUAGACGUUUUGAUUCUAUGGCAAAAAACUAUUAAAUGUCAUGGACUCUGGUCUAAUGACCUAAAAGCCAAUGGAUGCAUACACACGCAUAGUCACAUUAUAAUAUCUUAUAUUAGAACUUGUGGUCUUUUUUUUUUUCUUUUUUUUUUUUUUUUGUCGUCUAUCCAUUUAGAACUUGUGGUCGUAUAACUUAUAUUAAUAGUCAAACUACUAAUCAGAUAACCUAUAAUCUCGGCCUUAUUUCUAAAGAAUAGCUAUCUUUCUUUUUUUUUUGUCAUUUCAAACAAUAACUUACUUGAAUAUUUGAACCAAAUACAAGGUGUCCAAAAAAACCAACACCACAAAAAGGCAUAAAGUAUAAAGCUACCAAUAGGAGCAUAAACCACUCAAAACAGUGUAGAAAGAUAACACGGCACAGGGAAGAUAAGCCGAUGUAAAGCCUGGAGGCUUCAAGCAAUCUUCCUCGCUUCAGGCGUAGGCUAAAGCUUCCUGCUGAAUUCUAGACUCCAACCAUGCUGGAACCUUGUUCCCCACGUAAGACUGUAAUCUAUGAUCCCUUGUGACACUUCCUGCAAUCUCCAAGGCUACAUAGUUAUUUCUCUAUCUUUUAUUAGAACUUGUGGUCUAACCAAGAAUCAUAAACAGCAACAAUCCUGUCCAAGAACUUUUAUUAAUAAUUCUAGUGGAUAUAAUAAACCGCAAGCAUCUAUAAAUACUUUACCAAAAAGAACCAAAGAUGGCAACAAAUAUGAUGAACAAGUACGUACUUGUACUAUCUUGUCUGAUCUUUUUUGUAAUGAUUGGUUCCUUAAACGCAAAACCUGCAGACAUAAAAGCAAUUUGCGGGAAAGCAAAAAACGCAUCCUUCUGCACAAACUACAUGAAAUCAAACCCAAAGACAUCAGGUGCUGAUAUCAAAACGCUUGCAACGAUCACAUUAGACUCUGCACAAACAAGCGCAUCAGGAGCUAUGAACAAGAUUACACCUAUUGCCGAUGAAGAACCUAAACGCGCUUUGAGGAGUGGAUACGUCUUGUGCGUGCAGAGUUACAGGAGUACAAUCAGAUAUCUCGGUGAAGCUAAGAAGAGCCUAGCGUCAGGAGAUGUCCCAGGGCAGAACAUCAAUGUUUCAGACGCUAUGAGAUCAUCUACAUACUGUCAAGAUGAAAUGUUGAAAGUCAAAGGUGAUCCGUCGGUUGUGAAGGACGGUGGUGAUUUUCAGAAUAUUUGUAGCAUUGUUCUUGUCAUCUCCAAGAUGAUGAUGUGACAAAAAAAAAAAGGCUACAUGAAACAGUUAUACAUGGAUGUUACAUAUACACAGUCAAUAAUUAACCUAUAGUUUCUUCCCUA